GUGGCUAGUGUAGAAGGCGAACUCGGGCUACGGACGCGUAGCGGUGUGUCUAUCCACUGUUCAAUUCAGUAAAGUUGAGCCUGUCGUAGCAUCGGCGUCGUUACUGAGAGGCAGCUGCAGUGCUACGCUGGGCGCCAGCAAAGGCGAAAAUCCCUUCAGGUCCGGGAGCCGAGUAUGGAGGGUAAACUGGAGGAUUUGCCCGAGAGAGAUGUUUCUGAAAGCUCGUCCGACACACUGUCCGAGGGCGAGCAGAGCGAGUUCUGGGAGCCGGGGAAGGAGAAAGGUGCCGAGGAACCCAGCAGCGAUGAGGAAGCUGCCGACCGAGACGAGGAUGAGGAGAGUGAACGGUUUGACCACAUCUUGUACCCACCAUCCUUUCCAUUUCGCAAGUCCAGCAAUCCUGAUGUUUCUUGUGGUACAGGAAAGACCUUGAAAUUUAAGAGACAACUAAGUGAAGAUGCAAAGUACUUGAGACGAGGCAGUUUGGGUGGAGCUUUGACUGGAAAAUAUCUUCUUCCACCUGCUUCUACACAGCUUUUAUGGCAACAGGCAUUGGAAACGACAAAUCUUGUUCGCAUGCACAGUCAGAUACUGGGUCAGUCAGCUCCUUCUCUCACUGCUAGUUUGAAGGAAUUGAGCCUUCCACGCAGAGGAAGUCUAAAUGUUCCAGAUCUUUCUCUGGUUUCCUGAUGCUCUCUGCCUGAUAUCUCUGCUCCAAACACUGGUUUAUUUUCUGUGCGAACCAGUUGAAUUCCGG